GAGCCCACCUAUUCCCUCCUCUUCCUCUUCCACAGCUGCUGCACUUCCUGUACGGUCUGAAAACCAAGUGAGGAGAUGAAGGAUUGCACCGUACUACACCAGAGAAUACAGAGAGGAUACACCGCUGAUAGAUAUUGACCAUUGCCCAAGGAACAACUGCACAACUGUGGGAAGACAUCCAGUCCCUUCACAGCAUUGCUCAACACAGAGAAGGUUGGGCAGUGAAAUCAUCAUCUGGAAAUUGGUCGGGUCAGGGGAGCUUUGACAUAUCAUAAGAUCUGAAACUGGUCAGUGGUGUGGAGCCUUCCAUCAGAACCAACCUUUCCGAAGGUUUGGUUGUGGGCGAUCAAUCAGGGUGAGGCUGGGAAGAAGUGUGACUGGGCUCCAAGUGUGGUGAGAGCUUCAAUCAUUCAUCGAGCCUCAUGAACCACUGACUCAUUCCUACAGGUGAGAGACUGGUCAAAUGUGAGGAGGGUCCCACAGGCUCAUAAGAUCUCCUGACACACAAGGCGCAUCUUUUGUCCUACCAGUAACACAACAACAGCUGCAUGGAAGAGAAACCAAUCAAGUGUGAGGUGUGUGAUCGAGCUUUCGCACAUCCAUCAACAUUCGAGAUUCACCGACGCAGUCACACUGGGGAGAAGCCAUUCGAAUGUGAGGUGUGUAACAAGGGCUUUGCACAUUCAUCAAGCCUAGUGAGUCACCGACUCCUUCACACAGGGGAGAAGCCAUUCAUGUGUGAGGUGUGCAACAAAUCAUUCUCGCAGCCAUCGGGCCUCCAUGGACACCAACGCAUUCACGCCGGGGAGAAACCAUUCCCCUGUGAGGUAUGUGACAAAUCAUUCUCGACAUCAUCGCAAUUCUGCGCACAUCAGCGCGUUCACACUGGGGAGAAACCGUUCACAUGCAAGGUGUGUGAGAAAUCCUUCUCACUAUCAUCAGAUCUCCGCAAACACCAACGCAUUCACACUGGGGAGAAACCAUUCACGUGUCACGUGUGUGAGAAAGCAUUUGGUUCAUCAUCAGGUCUCCGUGUGCACAAACGCACUCACACAGGCGAAAAACCAUUCAGGUGUGAGGUGUGUGAGAAAUCAUUCUCGCUACCAGGGAACCUCCGCAGACACCAACGUGUUCACACCGGGGAGAAACCAUUCACAUGCGAGGUGUGCAAAAAAUCUUUCUCACUGUCAGCAAACCUCCUCACACACAAACGCAUUCACACUGGGGAGAAACCAUUCACAUGUGACGUGUGUGAGAAAGCAUUUGCUUCAUCAUCAUAUCUCCAUGUGCACAAACGCAUUCACACAGGUGAGAAACCAUUCAGCUGUGAGGUGUGUGAGAAAUCAUUCUCGUUUCCAGGGAACCUCCACAAACACCAAUGCGUUCACACCAGGGAGAAACCAUUCACAUGCGAGGUCUGCAACAAAUCGUUCUUCACAUCCUCAAGCCUCCUGCUUCAUCAGAGGAUCCACACAGGGGAGAAACCAUUCAUGUGUGAGGUGUGCAACAAAUCUUUCUUCACAUCCUCGAGCCUCCUGCUUCAUCAGAGGAUCCACACAGGGGAGAAACCAUUCACGUGUGAGGUGUGCAACAAAUCGUUCUUCACAUCCUCGAGCCUCCUGCUUCAUCAAAGGAUCCACACAGGGGAGAAACCAUUCAGGUGUGAGGUUUGUGACAAAUCGUUCGCAGUGUCAUCAAGACUGCUGUGUCAUCAGAAGAUCCACACAGUGGAGUAACCUCUCAAGUGUGAGGUUUGUGAUGAAGCUUUUGUGACAUCUUUGACUCUCCUGGGACACCAGUGGAUUCACACAAGGGAGAAACACUUCAUGUGCGAUGUUUGUAACAAGGCUUUCACCCACUCCUCCAAUCAGCUGAAAACCAGUGGAUCCACACUGGUGAGAAACCAUUCAUGUGUGAGGUGUGUGAGAAGGCUCUCGCACAGUCAGUGUAUCUCCUGGUCCAUCAACACACUCACACAGGGGAAGAAACCCUGUCAGUGUGAGUUCUGUAACAAAGCCUUCACCCAAUUGUUGGACCCUCUGGGACAUCAGCGAACCCACAUGGAUACUGCCUAAUCAGGUUCUUGCCCAAUUUGUCAGAGUGUGAACCUCUACGCAGGCUCACUGCAAAGGAUAUUGGGGCACAGAACAAGAAGCAACAGCUUUCACUCACAUCAAACAACUAGUGACGACAACACCAGUGCUGAGGUAUGAUGAUGUCGAUGAUGAAGUCACCCUGCAGUGAGGUGUCAGUGAAACAGGAUUUGUGUCAUGAUCAUAUUUUUCAUUAUAUUAUGGUUUAUUUUCAAGUAAGCUUAAGUUUGUGUAUAAGUGGUUGUGUGUGUGGCUGAUUUAAUUAAAUUAGAGAUGGGAGGACUGCAGGAUUGAAAUUAUCAAAAGGUUUAGGUGUAAAAAGGAAUGUGAAAUGUGAAUGAGUGAACUAGGGUAAUGUCUCAACAUAUAGGGUGUGAAUAGAAUUUGCAUUUUUCGAUAAGGGGAAAAAAUUGUUGGAUUUUCAAAGGAGACGUGAUGAGGUUUUUAACGACAGACAAGAUGAAUAGGACGAACUUAUUACGUUAAUUUUUUCCAAAAGUGAUGACCAGAAUGACAACAUGAAAGAUUUUUAAAUACCAAAGACAUGGGGGAACAAUGGGAUUUAUAGAUUAAAGAGGAAGAAAUUUAUUUAAAGUAGGAUGGAAGGCUGUGUAGGUGUGGCCGUGUGAGAUCGAACGGUACACUGCAUGAAACGGACUUGGGGGAAAGCCUCUAGCCACCCUGGAGAGGUGCUGUUCCAGUAACCAAAUUGGGUUAAAAGCCUUUGGAAGUCCACUGUCGAGUGGGUGCUUGUGGUAACUUUGCUGGAUGUAUCUAUAAAUUUAAAAUCUAUGUUGGACUGUUGCCUUAAAAGGUGGUGUGUAGUUGGGAGUCCAGUUAAGUAGGAAUUUCAGAAUUGUUAUAAUAUUAAGUAACUGUGUAACUGAAAUCUUCUGUGUGUUUAAGUUUUAUUUAUUUUGUUAAUAAAUGUUUUAAUUUAAUUUUAAAAUGUCUAAAGGUGUUAGUGGACUCAUUACUUCUGAAUUCAGUGCAUAAAUAGCAAAACAUUUGUGAUAGCUUGGCCUAGUUUCCCUUGUGGAUUUGGUCCAUCUGGCACAUAUCACCUGCCACAUCAAAACACUUGGAGCAACCCUCAUGCAGCAAGGACAAACAAUCGUGUUUGAAUCCAGAGCAUUAACACAAACUGAAUGACGCUAUUGACAGAUUGAGAAAAAGUGCCUGGCUAUUGUCUUUGCUUGUGAGCAUUUCAGCCAGUACCUAUUUGGGAGAGAGAAAGUGAUGGUAGAGUCUGACCACAAGCUACUUCAAAGAAUCUUUUUCAAACCACUUCUAUCUGCUCCAAAAUAUUUACAAAGGAAGUUACUUCAUUUGCAGAGAUAUCACUUAGAACUGAAACAGAAGCAAGGGAAGCAGAUGCACAUCACCAACAUGGUGUCGAGAGCUGCAUCCUCUCUGAAGAAAGUUGAUGAUGCUGGUACAGAGUGUGAAAUCUUCCAGAUUCAACAUGAAGCAACAGCACAACAUGCUCUGGAAAUCAUCAACCAAGCAACUGAAUCUGACAGACAAGUGUCUUGCUCAGAUCAAGCAAACUACACAAUGAGAUACACUUCUUCAAAUGUUUCAGGAAGUUGUGAUGAAAAGGAUGGCCUGAAACCAUCAAGGUCACACCUGUUGCUGUGAGAGAGAAUUGGACAGAGAGAGAUGCAGUUAUCACCCAAGAUGCUUUUUUGUAAAAAGGGACUCAGGUCAUUAUCUCUAAAGAGAUGAGAAAAGAGAUGCUGAAGCACAUCCAUACAAAACAUCAAGGAAUCGAGUCUAGUCUGAGGGAGGGAAGAGAAGUGCUCUACUGGCCAAACAUGAGCAAUGGGAUUAAAGACCACAUCAGCCCGUGCAGUAUUUGUCAUGAACAUCAAGCUAAGCAAGAUAAGGAGCUGCUUAUAAUUCAUGACAUGCCAGACAGACCAUGGAUAGUUUGGAGUAGACCUCUUCACUCUCACUGGAACUGAUUAUCCCGUCAGAGUCGACUAUUGUUCAGACGACUGGGAGUUAGACCAGCUGACAUCAAUGACUACCAGUGAGAUUGUAGAACGCCUGAAAGCACACUUCAGUCAUCAUGACAUUCCUGACAUUGUGAUGAGUGACAAUGGCCCUCAAUUCACGAGAGAAAAAUUCAGACACUUGAUGAAUGAUUGGGAAGUUCAGCACCACACAUCAUCUCCACACUGUCCCCAGUCAAGUGGAAAGGCUGAGGCAGCGAUGGAAACUGCCAAAGGGAUCAUCAAAUAAUCGACCAGAUCCAGCACAGAUGUGUACAAGGCAAUCUUAGAGUGGAGAAAUAUACCUACAGAAGGCAUGGAAAGUUGUCCAGUCCAGUGACUAAUGUCAUGCUGCACCCAGACUACUGUUCCAACAGCUAAAAAACUACUGAGGCCAGAAGUAGUAACAGGGAGUGAGUCACAAGAUCAAAGUGAAACAACAGAAAGACAAAUUUCAUUUUGAUGAAGCUGCCAAAUCGUUGCCAGAGCUGAGAGUUGGAGAGCCGGUCAGACUGAAAACAUUCAACGCACUCAACAAAAGUCAGCUCACUUGGCAACUUGGGGCGUGUGUGGAGAAGUUGUCACCUCGAUCGUACACGGUGAAAGUGAACGACCAGAUGUAUUGUCACAACUGCAGACAUCUAUGUGCAACCGGAGAAGCUGCUCCUUCACAGCAGACAACUGAUGAGGCAGAUCUGAUUUCACCAACUGAGCAAGGAACUGAACACCCAUCAGUGCCAGAGGUCAACCGUUCCCCAACAAAUGCAAUGGAUCAGCAGCAACAAUUACCACAGCAACAACAUUUGCCACGGCAACAACAUUCCCCAGAGAGACAACAUCACCUCAGGAACCAGCAGACACCGGAUGAACAGCCAACAACAACUCACACAAGUGCUAUAAGAAGACCUGAACACUUUAAAGAUUGUGUGUGCAGUGUGUGUGUAGGGAGAGAUAAAAGUGGAACAGAUUAGAAAGAACAAAUUACUUUUUGUUCGUGUGCUGAUUUUCUUUACGGACUAUAUAUAUAUAUACGGAGUAAAUUGUAAACGAUAGUGCGUGCAAAUUUUUUUCUUUUUAUGAACGGGUAUAUUCGAAUAAAUCUCUUUGGCUUCUCAUCUUAA